AUGAACCCUUCGCUUCUUCUCUCAACGAAUCCAUCUCCGAACCGCACAGCUCUCUUCUCCCCUUUCCUCAGCCCCGCCCCUCUCCGCCUCACCGCCGCCUCGCGCAACCGCUAUCACUUCCGCUAUCGAAUCUCCGCCGUUAGCUCCUCUUCCGAUCAGCCUUCAACGUCGAUUAGUUCUUCCGCCGGCACUGCCGCAGUUCCUGUGGAGUCGGAUGUGUUCGGAGGUAAGAGAGAGCUGUCCGGCAUCCAGGCGCUGGUGGAUUCCAUGUCGCCGCCGAUUAGAAUUGCGAGCUCGGCGAUUAUCUUCGCCGGCGCCGUCGCUGCUGGUUAUGGACUCGGAUUCCGGUUCGGCGGCUCCCGCAAUGCCGGAUUGGGCGGGGCUGUGGCGCUUGGAGCUGCCGGCGCUGGCGCGGCUUAUGCUUUGAACGCUUGUGCUCCUGAGGUUGCGGCCGUGAAUUUGCAUAAUUAUGUGGCUGGCUGUGACGACCCGGCUGCUUUGAAGAAGGAAGAUAUUGACGAUAUUGCAAACAAGUACGGUGUCAGCAAACAGCACGAGGCGUUCAAUGCAGAGCUGUGUGAUAUAUACUGCCGGUAUGUAACUGCUGUCCUUCCUCCUGGAAAUGAAGAUCUUAGAGGCGACGAAGUGGACACUAUCAUUAAAUUUAAAAAUGCAUUGGGCAUUGAUGAUCCAGAUGCAGCAGCUAUGCAUAUGGAGAUUGGUAGGCGAAUUUUCAGGCAAAGACUUGAAACUGGAGAUCGUGAUGGUGAUCUAGAACAGCGACGAGCAUUCCAGAAGCUGAUAUAUGUUUCAAAUAUUGUAUUUGGAGAUGCCUCUUCCUUCCUUUUGCCUUGGAAACGUAUGUUCAAGGUCACUGAUGCCCAGGUUGAGGUUGCUGUUCGGGACAGUGCACAAAGAUUGUAUGCUUCCAAACUUAAAUCUGUUGGCCGAGAUGUCAGUGUGGACCAACUGGUCAGUCUCAGAGAAGCACAGCUUUCGUAUCUACUUUCUGAUGAGUUUGCAGAAGGCAUGUUCAGGGAGCAUACAAGAAAGCUUGUGGAGGAAAACAUAUCAAGAGCUGUCACCAUAUUGAAGUCCAGGACAAGAGCACCCGGGGAAGCUACACGUGUCACUGAAGAGCUUGAUAAGAUUUUGGCCUUCAAUAAUUUGCUAAUCUCAUUGAAAAACCAUCCUGAUGCCAGUCGUUUUGCUAGAGGUGUUGGGCCUGUGUCUUUGUCAGGUGGGGAGUACGACAGUGAUAGAAAUUUUGAUGACUUAAAACUUCUUUACCAAGCAUAUGUAACAGAUUCUCUAGCAAGCGGUCGCAUCGAAGAACAGAAGCUCACUGCAUUAAAUCAAUUGAGGAAUAUAUUUGGUCUAGGCAAAAGAGAAGCAGGAGCAAUUACAUUAGAUGUUACUUCAAAAGUAUACCGUAAACGACUUGCUCAAGCUGUACGUACUGGUGAUUUGGCAGCUGCCGAUAGUAAAGCAGCAUAUCUUCAAAACCUUUGUGAGGAGUUGCAUUUUGAUCCACAGAAAGCAAUUGAGAUUCAUCAAGAUAUAUAUCGACAAAAGCUUCAGCAAGCUGUCUCUGAUGGAGAACUUAGUGAUGAGGAUGUGAAUUCAUUGGAGCAGUUACAGAUUAUGCUCUGCAUUCCCAAGCAAACUGUUGAAACAGCACAUGCUGAAAUCUGUGGUAAUUUGUUUGAAAAGGCGGUUAAGGAAGCAAUUUCUGGCGGAGUGGAUGGAUUUGAUCCUGACGUGAGGAAAGCUGUGAGAAAGGCUGCUUAUGGUUUACGCUUAACCAGGGAAGUUGCAAUGUCUAUCGCUAGUAAAGCGGUUCGGAAGAUUUUGUUAAGUUACAUUCAGCAGGCCCGAGGAGCUGAUAGCCGCACUGAAUCUGCUAAAGAACUGAAAAAGAUGAUAUUAUUUAAUAGCUUGGUUGUGACUCAACUAGUUGCUGAUAUUAAAGGUGAAGAUGAAUCAUCUGAUUCUCUGCAAGAGGAGCCUAUCAAGGAGGAAGAGAAGCAAACAUUUGAGGAAGAGGAAUGGGAAACUGUGCGAUCACUUCAGAAAGUAAAACCAAACAGGGAAAAUGUAAAAAAACAAAUUCAGACUGAGAUUACUCUGAAAGAUGACCUUCCAGACAGAGACAGAACUGAUCUGUACAAAACAUACUUGUUGUUUUGUCUAACUGGAGAAGUCAAAAUGAUGCCUUUUGGUGGCCAACUUAGAGUGAAGAGGGAUGAUGACUCUGAGUUUGUUCUAUUAAGCCAACUUGCUAGCAUCCUUGGCAUGAGCAAUAAGGAGAUUGUUGAUGUGCAUCGUGGCUUGGCUGAGCAGACAUUUAGGCAACAAGCGGAGGUGAUUUUGACCGAUGGACAGAUAACGAAGGCCAGGAUGGAGCAACUCAAUGACUUGCAGAAGAAAGUUGGCUUGCCGCCCCCUUAUGCUCAAAAGAUUAUCAAGAACAUAACAACUUCCAAGCUGUCGGGUGUCCUCGAAACUGCUGUUGGUCAGGGAAGGAUAAGUAUGAAGGAAAUUAGAGAAUUGAGGGAAGCCGGAGUUGAAAUAAACACCAUGGUCUCUGAAAGCUUACGCGAAAACCUGUUUAAAAAAGCAGUGGAUGAUAUAUUCUCAUCUGGUACUGGUGAGUUUGAUGAAGAAGAAGUGUAUGAGAAGAUGCCUGCAGAUCUGAGUAUUAAUGCUGAGAAGGCCAAAGCAGUUGUGCAGCAACUCGCACGAACUAGAUUGUCAAAUUCACUUGUUCAGGCUGUGGCACUUCUAAGGCAGAGAAACCAGAAAGGAGUGGUUUCCUCGCUCAAUAACUUGUUAGCCUGUGACAAGGUUGUACCUUCAACCCCAUUAUCAUGGGAGGUGCCCGAGGAACUUGAUGAUCUCUUCCUGAUAUAUCUUAAAAGUGACCCAGCACCCGAGAGGCUCUCGAGGUUACAAUACUUGCUGGAUAUAAGUGAUUCAAAGGCGGACACUCUAAAAGAGUUAAAGGAUAGAACAGUGCCAAACGAAGCCGAAGAGGAAGAGUUUGUUUUUUGAACCUGCCAUCACUUUAGCAGCAGAGAACUAGUGUUUGUAGGCAUGAAUUGUUUACCACCAGAUGUCAUAUCACAGUUUUGUAAUAUAACACUAGGAUGCUGUUCUUAAUUUUCACCGAUUCCUCAUUUUGCAAUUUCGUGAAGAAACAUUUAUGUUCGUUUGAAAUGGUAGAUUGUAAGGAGCCAUUGAUGUUUCAAUGUAUAAUAAAUUUUCUUGUCUA